AUGAGGCUGUGUUUACCCAAAGGAACAUCACCAUCAUCAUCACAGGCUUUAUGGUCUUACGAAAAUGCAAAUUGGGGUGUCGACUAUCCACAAUGCAAUGGCCUACGUCAAUCGCCAAUAAACAUUCAAUCUGAAUCGACAUUCCUAUUACCGAUGCCAGCUCUAAAGUUCACAUACUAUGACAUUCCCUUGAAAGGACCGGUAACAUUAAGCAAUAAUGGUCAUUCAGUUGAUGUCGGAGUCACACCAACCAUAAAUGGAAAACGGCCCUUUAUUACUGGUGGAACUCUAAAUGGGAUCUACGAAGCAAUGGGCAUUCAUUUCCAUUGGGGCAGCAGUUCAAGUCGAGGAUCUGAGCAUACCAUUGAUAAUCGACGCUACGAUGCUGAAAUGCACAUUGUUCACAAAUCUAUCAAAUAUGACACCAUAGAGGAGGCCAUAAAGCAUCCCGAUGGCUUAGCUGUAUUGGGCAUAAUGUUUAAAAGCUCUCUGAAAGUCAAUCGCUAUUAUCCGGGUUUAAACAAAAUCUUUGAUAAAUUACCCAGUGUGUUGCCAUAUCAAUCAUCAACUCCUAUUAGUGGUCAGAUUAGCUUAAGUCAAUUGUUGGGUGAUCUUAAUACCAAGCAUUUCUACACCUACCAAGGAUCUCUGACAACACCGGGAUGUUUUGAAGCAGUCACAUGGCAUGUCUUCCCCGAACCAUUGGCCAUUUCACGAAGUAAUAUGGAGAAAUUUUCGGGCGUCUUGGAUUCGAAUGAUAAGCCCAUGAUCAAUAACUAUAGGCCUGUGCAAAGACUGAAUGCACGUCAAGUAUAUUAUCGAGUAGGGCUCAAUGCACUUUGUAUUCUGCCUUUGCCGCCUCUUCAAUUUGCCAACUAUGAUGUACCUUUAUCAGCUCCUAUAACAUUGAGAAACAAGGGUCAAACAAUUGAAUUCGAUGUACCUCCAACCACAAAUGGUGUUCGACCUCUUAUCAGAGGCGGUAUAUUGAAUGGUGUCUACGAAGCAGUUGGUGUCCAUUUCCAUUGGGGCAGUAGAGGGUUAAAGGGUUCUGAACACGUCAUCGACAACUGUCGAUAUGAUGGUGAGAUUCAUAUGGUCCACAAGAAUAUCAGAUAUAGAACUGUACGAGAAGCUGCACAGUUUGCGGAUGGUUUGGCUGCUUUCGCUGUUAUGUUGGAAAUAAGUAAUGUGUACAAUAAUUAUCCUGGUUUAGCUCAAGUCUUCAAUAGCCUACCUUCAGUUGUGAAUUAUCGAUCGUCAGUGAAUCUAACAAAUCCCCUGACAUUGGCCGAUAUUCUGGGAGAUGUGGAUAUCAGAAACUUCUUCUUAUAUAAGGGCUCAAUGACUACACCAAAUUGUUCGGAAGCUGUAACUUGGCAUGUCUUUCCUCAGCCACUUUUGGUCUCAUUGGAACAAAUGCAAAAUUUCUGGGCAAUAAGUGAUAAUCAAGGUUUACCAUUGAUCAAUAAUUUUAGACCUCUUCAGGAACGCAAUGGACGAUCCGUUCUGUAUGUAGUCCAACAAUACUAUUAA